GUACAAAAGAAGCGGGACUUCUUAUUUUUUAGCAAAAUAUGAUACAUUUUACUUUCGUUGCUCGUAAGUGUACAGAUAAUCCUACAAAAGCAUGGAAGCACAAGAUAAAAGCGAAUUAAGUGAAAGACUACAAAAUAUUUUAAAUAACCUAACGAAAUGCAAAUUCAAUUAUAUAAAUGGUAGCAAUGAGUGUUCAACAUUACGUGAAAUUAAUAUAAAAUUAGAAAGCGAGCUAAAGGAAACACGAGAAUUAGAAAAGUCUCAUCGUUAUCAAUUGCUUACAUCGCGUGAAAUGAUUGCUAAUUUACAGGAGACUGUUUCACAUCUCGCUUAUUUAAAGCGUGACGUGAAAAAGUUAAAAGAAGAAAUUUCUUCUAAGGAUUCUGCUAUUGUUAUAAUAGAACGGGAAAAAGAAACUAUUCGCCACAAGCAUGAUGAAGUCUUAUCCGAAUUACAAAAAGAACAUGAUAAACGGUUGCAAAAGUUAAUAGAUGAAAAUGAAAGGAAAGUUCAACAGAUCCAAGCUGACUCCGACACCCAUGUAGCUCAACUGACAAACCUCAUUGAAGAGUUACGUAGCAAGCAAAAAGACAUGGAGCGUGAACAUCGAGACCAGAUAAACGUAGUAGUGUUGGAGUAUGAAGAGAAGAUUCAACGCAGUGCGGCACAAGUUGUCCAGCUACAGGAGCAACUUUCGAGGGAAUCUUCAAUAACCAACGCUACCAUUCAUGAAUAUCACCGCAAAUUGAAAGAAGUAGAAGAAAAACUAAAACAGAGUCAGUUCAAGGAAUACUUGGCACAAAGUACAUGCCCUUCUCAGUACGAAAACAAAGUAGAACGGCCGUAUUCUGUAGAACCCAAUUCGUCAUACUCUGUUGAAACAUCCGCCUUUGGUAAUCAAACAUCCCAUAUGCCUAUAAACAAAGGGCCUGCACAAAACACACUGCAAGUCAUGUACUACGAUGGCAAGACAAGAAAGAAUGACAAAAAAAGCUCCUUUAAUAUUACCAAGAAAAGAAAAUUAUACAGCGGGGAAAGAUUAGACUGAUCUUAAUGCUUUAUAAUAUUUUGUGUUGUAAUGAGUAGAUUCUAUUAUAUUUU